UACUGCUUUAUUGGAAUCGCGCUCAAAAUAACCGUAAUUAUUCCACCCCUCCCCCAAACCCCAACCAUCCCGCUGGCGUGUGCUCUCUACGACCCCCACGAUGUCUCGGCAGUCGGGUCGCACGCCGCUGCCGGGACUUGGUGGGGGCCACAUCAUCACGCUCCACAUGCAACUGCUACUGCUUCGUCCACCAUCUCCGCUGCUUCGAUUAUCAAUCAACAACCUGUCGCAAAUACUAUCAAUCAAUUGCACCACCACCCGCAUCACCAUCAUCACCAUCCGCAUCUGCAACAUCAUCAUCAUCUCCAACACACCGUGCCGACGUUGUCGGCGAAUUCAACCUCACUCAUACCGACGGCGGCUGUGCUUCCACAACAACAACAACAACAAACGACACCUACGUCGCAUUCCACGCCCACUAAUGCGGUUAUGUAUGAAGAUCCCCCCCCAGUGCCAAUUGCUUCUGUACAACAGCAACAACAACAGCAACAGCAACAACCUAUUCACCUGCCCACUCAACAACAACAACAACAGCUCGCAGCUACACCAGUUGGUGGUGCCCAAAGCCCCUCCCAAACACCCGCAGGUGCACAAUCUCAAGCACAGCAACAUCUCACCUCUCCACACCACCAACAGCAACAACAGCAGCAAACGAAUAGUGUGCCUCCUGGUGCGUCUACGAACCUCCAGCAACAGCAACAACAACAGCAAAAUUCAGCAGUGGCGUCCGGCCAAACGCAGAUUGUUGCGCCGUCUACGGCGAGUGUUUCCCCCUCCAGUGUUAGUUCCCAACCCCCAGAUAUGUCAUUGUUAGCACCUCUUCACAUACCCGCGAUUCGACCUGGUUUUGAAGCUGACGCGACGGCCGCAGUUAAAAGACACCCUCAUCCUUGGGCUUACGACAGUGAUGGGUUCGGUCCAGCACAAUAUCACGCUCAACAAUACUUUCUGGAACGUGAACGAAAGCCGGUUUUCUAUGGAUACCCCGAAACACAAUAUCAGUAUUGGAAUUACCGGGAACAAUCAACACCCGCUGCAGCGGCCUACAUGAGCGCUAGUGAUGAACGACAUGCUGCCGCCGCUGCCGCCCGCCAAUCCGUCGAGGGUACUUCGCAAUCUAGUUAUGAAACGCCAACGUAUUCUUCGCCAAGCGGAUUGCGAGGAUACCCAAGUGAAGCUUAUCCAAGUUCAGGUGGUACUGCUGGCAUUCCUGUUGGUACAGUCGGCCCUUGUACUCCCACUAAUGCACUACAUGAAUGGACUGGACAAGUUUCGGUGCGAAAAAAGCGCAAGCCAUACUCGAAAUUCCAAACCCUUGAAUUGGAGAAGGAGUUCCUUUACAACGCGUAUGUUUCCAAACAAAAACGUUGGGAGUUAGCAAGAAACUUAAAUCUUACUGAGCGACAGGUAAAAAUUUGGUUUCAAAAUCGACGUAUGAAAAAUAAAAAGAAUUCACAACGUCAAGCCUCCCAACAGAAUAACAAUAACAGCGCCAAUAGUAAUCAUAAUCAUGCGCAAGCGACGCAACAACACCACAAUACUCAUCAUAUGAAUUUGGGUCUGAGCAUGGGACAUCAUACCGCUAAAAUGCAUCAGUGACCUUUGGACAACAGCAGUGCCAGCACCAUGGGCUUCCCCACCUACUAGCAUUUGGUGAACAUAAAAACCGAAAUACAGCCGGAAUAUCAAUAAAUGACCAGUUUAACCUACAUAUUCAUACAUAUAAAUUCAUAUAUUGCCGUAACGUAUCAACUUCAAUAUAUAAGCAAAAAGUUGCGUACAAAUUACAUAUUGAUACAUAUAGAAGAUUAAAGUUCAGAAAUCGUAUGAUGAAUCAACAGUAAUCAAGAAGAUUACCAGCUAAAACAUUUACAUUGUAAAAAACGAAUUCUUAUUUGUGUUAAUUUAUUGUUUUGUGUCAAUUUGACUUUACGCAUUGUUUGAAUUAACUCAGGUAUAUUCAAACUUAUUCCCAGUGUAAUUGCUGAUAAGGGGGUGUUGCAAUCCAUAGUUUUUAUGUGAAGUUUUAUAUAUACUUUUUUUCAUUAUUUCGAUCCAUAAGACGUUUUGAAAGUUCAAAUACACUAUAAUAGGAAAUUAAUAGGGAAAAUGAGAGUUCAUUUAACAGUACAUAAUUAUGAUUUACUGCUUGAUAGCAAACAAACCCAGUAAUUGGAAUAUUUAACAAUAUAUGAUAGGCAAAAAAUGUGUUGCAGGUUGUUAGGUUAAUUUUCGCUUCCUGCAUAUGGUAUGCAAUAUGUAAAGACACUUUAGAGGCACUGCUGCAGUCAAAGUAAUGUUCGAGGUAGAAUAUAAAAAAAUAUAAAUAUCUGAAAUAUAUUUAAACUUAAAUUAUAUUUAAAAUAAUAAUUAAGUAAUUUAUAUCUAAUAUGGAAAUGUAGUGAAAUAGUUGGUCCUUAAAAAGUAUGUAUAAAAAUUUUGUCAAAUUCUCAUAAAACCCUAUCUAAUAUAUGUAUCUUAAUAUAAUAUAUUUAAAUAUAAUUAAUUAACAAUUAAAUUCUAAGAACAAUAUAAAAUAUUAAAUUGAUUAGUGAAAGCACGUCUUGAGAAUAAUCAUUUAGUAUUUAUGGCAGUCAAAACUAACAAUGUUAAACUGAAAUAAGAAUUAUCUAAGUGUGUAAUUUCGUAAAGUUAGUUUGUAAUGCGCACAUAAACACACACGUAAUAUUUGCACACAUGCAAAGGAACACUUUUACAAUAAUGAUUACAAACGUUUGUAGUCAUCCAUGUAGGCAGACAUACGUACAUACAUGUUGUAUUCAUUAAUCCAUUAUAUUAUCUUACGUAAAUGAGAACCAAAAGCGAAAAAAAUAAACUUAUUCCAAUAUGAAAAAAGCUUGUACUUCUAAAUGUAUUUGCAUUGUACGUGUCACAAAUUGUCGCUGUGCAACUACUUGGUGUAAACUUGUAUGUAUUUGUCGUAUUUGUAUUGUAUUUUAAAUCAGUUCCUGUAAAUACAUAAAUUAAUACUAAUAAUAUUGGAAACCAAAAAUUAAACAAAACUAGUACCAAUUAUUUUUCAGGACAAAGUUUCGCUGUUUAUUCUAAAAAAACUGCAGUAAAUAAAUCUGGCAUUUGGAAAAAAGUUUACCUGUGACUCCAAUAUGGGGAUUAAUGCUAUUUGCACUCUUCUAGGGUAAAAGCGCUGUUUAACGAGAAGAUUUUGUUUUCAAAAUUAAUGGGUAAUCAAAUAUGGUAAACUUUGGUAAAUGUUUUACAUACACUGCGUUUGAAUCAAAAUAUAUAUUUUGACUUUCAUUUACAAUGAUAUUAUUGGACAAUAUUGGUUUAAUUUUUCUUGUCAUAAUCAACUAUAUCAAUACAAAUCACUAAAGAGUUUUAUGCCCAUAAUUUUAUCGUGUUAAAUGCUAAUUGCAUACAUAAAAUGUGUACUGCGUUUUUGUUUUCUUAAUAUCGACAUUCAAAUAUUUUUAAUUAAACACAACUCUGCGUACAGCCCAGCGAAAAUUUGAGAAAAUUCCGGAAAAAUUAUGAAGACUAAAGUUAAUGUAAAAUUAGUAUAUUGUAAGUUGUAUGUGUGUUUGUCUAUUAAAGAAUAAAACAAAAAAUAUAUCUAGUGAUUUAUUACUAGCUAUCUUAACUAACUAAAGUUCUGCUACCAAAAUGUAAUAAAAAUAUUAUAUAUACAGAUAUAUAAUAAUUAUACAUAUUUCAAGCAACUUUACAAAUAUAUACACAAUAUAUUCACCGUUGAAAGCCAAUAUUAUUUGCAUAAGUGUGUUUCUAGAUUUAAAUUCAAUAUAAAUGUUUUUAUUUUGUUACUGUUGUCUGCUAUUACUUAAUUAGUUGCAAACUGUUCGCAUAAUUUGGCAAACAAAUAUCUUGCUAUGGAGUGAUUAUAUGUAACUCAACAUAUACCGUAUAUACCAAAAGCUAAUAUUCUUAUUAAUAAUGCCUCUUAAACUUUGUAUUACUUCUUAUUUAAGUUAGAUAUUUACAAUAUUGGUUAUUUUUAUGUUGAUAUUUAUGUUAAUCUUCGUAUUAAAUUGCAACAUCUGUAAUAUUUUAUAGUGAAUUUAGUAGUUAGAUUGGUUUAGUUGCUUCUUUCUAUGAUACAUGAUAUAUAUAGAUACUAAAUUUUUUUAAGACAACGUUAUUGUGUAAAAUCAUGAUAAAAUAGUAAUAAAUAACAAUGAAUUAAUUAAAAAAUUGGCUAUUCUUUACUAUUAUUUCGCUAGUAAACAUUAAUAGUAGCAUUUAAUUCCAGCAGACACAAUUUUGGUAAAAUUAAUUAUUUUUUUUUACUUUUCUGAUUAGUUAGCUUCAACCUGCAGGUUAAAAGCAACAAAAAUAAGCCACUGGUUGAGUAAUGUAAAUAUUUUUGGUAAGUAAUUGCAAGUUUCCAAUGUUGAAAAAGACACUAUUGCUUACAUACCAAGUAGAACAGUUAAUGAAAAUAAUUUAUAAUUAAACAAACGAUCUAUGGAUCAAUUCCAGUACGGUAUGUAGUUAUAAAUACAAUAUAACCUCUCGUUAUCGAAUUUAUUCGCAUACAUAUAAAAAUAAUACAUUUAAAUAGAGCAUUUUCAACCACAUUGGUGCAAAAUGUAUUCAAAUAAAAAUCUGAUCCGAAUUAACCAGCAGUUGCAUAAAAUAUACACAAUUAUUGCAUACUUUAGUAACACAAAAUUAAUUUUAAAAUCUCACAAAGACGGAUGUGUAUGUAUGUAUAUAUGGAUAUGAUUGAGUAUAUAAUGGAACUGCAUACAUCCCGGUAUAAGAAAAAUAUAGAAUAAUAAACAUUUAAAAUCUUUCUGAAGAAAACAUAUGAAAAUAAAAACAUAAAAGUGUGUGAAACGAAUUUUUAAUAUUUACUACUGCAAUCCAAACAUAAUUAUAUCCAUUUUAUUUGUAAAUAAUACUGUAUUAUGUAUUCGUCAACAUAUUCCUUUAUUUUGUAUUUUGACGUGAAAUCAUUUGAACUUGUUCCUAAUGGAACUAAUAUUAAGAUUAAAUAAAAAAGCAAAUGUUUUUAUUUUA